ACAAGCGGAAAGAAAGUUCCCCCGCCGUGUGUGCUUGGCUGUAAGUGUGUGUGUGCGCCCUUUAAGCUGGUUCACCAUUUCGAGAUUGUCGAGAUAGGAUUAGGAGAGUGGAUCAUCCCGCUGACUGUAAAGGACUGAUAAGUGACGCAUAUGGAACCAUCGAAUCGUCCUCGUCGAUGGUCCGUCGUCGGUGCGAUCAUCUUGCUGGUUGCAUUCGUGGGCCUCUCGGAGGCGUGCAGUAAGGUGCCCGUGCUCGAUGGUCAGCCAGUAACAACACCGAAGCAACCGGGUGACAACGGUUACCGGCUGGCAAUUCGGGACGACCCGAAAGGAUACGAACCGGGGAAGAUCUACAACCUGUUCAUCGUCGGCUCGCGAACUCAUGCGAAACUGCAGCAGUUUAGUCACUUCACGCUGGUGGCGCACGCCAAAAAUGGCGCCCGAUCGUUCAUUGCCGGACCGAAGCGGGUCGGACGGUUCCAGCUGUUCAGCGAUUCGCUCACCAAGUUCCACGACCAGUGUGUCAACACGGUCACCCAGGCGGACGAUUUCCCCAAGUCGGAGAUUCAGGUAAUGUGGGUCGCACCGGCAACCGGCUCGGGAUGUGUGGCCAUAUCCGCCAUGGUGUUUGAGGACGAACAGCACUGGUACGCGGAUGACGGUUCGCUGACGCGCGUCCUGUGCGAGCACAAACCAGAACCACGGAUACAGAAGGGUGAAUGUUGCGCCUGCGAUGAGGCAAAGUAUAGCUUCGUGUUCGAGGGCAUAUGGUCGAAUGAGACACACCCGAAGGACUACCCGUUUGCCAUCUGGUUGACGCACUUCUCGGACGUGAUCGGUGCGUCGCACGAGACAAACUUUUCCUUCUGGGGUGAGAAUCACAUCGCCACCGACGGCUUCCGGAUGCUGGCCGAGUGGGGCUCGGUUCGGUUGCUCGAGCAGGAGCUGCGGGCGAAGGGAUCCCGCCUGCGGACACUCAUAAAGGCGGCCGGUUUGUGGUAUCCGCGCGUGAACGCCAACACUACGUCGAACUUCCGUGUCGACCGGAAGCAUCACAAAAUUUCGCUGGCAUCCAUGUUUGGCCCGUCACCCGAUUGGGUGGUCGGAGUGAGCGGGCUAGAUCUGUGCCGGGGCGACUGUACCUGGGCGGAGUCGCUGGACAUCGAUCUGUACCCGUGGGACGCUGGCACGGACAGUGGCAUCAGCUACAUGUCCGCGAAUGCGGAAACGCAGCCACGCGAGCGGAUGCACCGCAUCACCACGCUCUACCCGGAGGAUCCGCGCGCUCCGUUCUACAAUCCACGAGCGAAGGAAAUGACCCCGCUGGCGCGGCUGUACAUUCGCCGGGAGCGACUUGUGGCCCGGAACUGCGACGAAGAGUUUCUGCAGGCGCAGGUGCUCGAGCUGGCGGAAAACACCGAGGAGGAAACGCGUGCCGAGUGUGCGACCACGGGCUACACCGAGUGGACGCCGUGCUCGGUGACGUGCGGGAAGGGCAUCCGGAUGCGGACCCGGGAGUACCUGCAGCCGGAAAAGGCGGCCACGUUCCAGUGCAACCGACAGUUGAUCGCGAAGGAGAUGUGUGUGGCCGAUGUUCCGGAGUGUGGCCCUGAUGGUGGAGCGCCGGCGGCAGAAGGGGAUGAUGCAACGGGGGAGCUGAGCUCGGAGGAUGUGGGACAGUCGGUGGCGAAUGUGGAUGAUGACGGAGAGGGCGUUGGCGUUUGCCGCACGACCAAGUGGAGCGAAUGGUCCGAGUGUUCGGUUAGCUGCGGCAUCGGGGUCACCAUGCGAACGCGCACGUUCAUCGAGCACAUGGGUCGAAAGAAGUGUCCUCACAUCAGCGUUGUGGAAAAGCAGAAGUGCAUGCAACCGGAAUGCUCCAUUACCGAGAUGGAAGCCCCGGAUCCGCUGUGUCCGGUGACCUCGUGGAGUGACUGGAGUCCUUGCAGUGCCACCUGCGGCAAGGGGGUGACGAUACGUAGUCGCCUCUUGUUAUUAUCUCCGGCGGAUCAGGAGUAUUGCCGCAACCGGAUCGAGUUAAACCAGCAGCGUCCCUGCACGGACAAAGCUGACUGCCUGUACGACACCUUCACUGCGCAGGAGAUUUGCUCCCAGCUGCCGGAGGCGGGUCCGUGUCGGGGUCGCUACCAGCGCUACGCCUACGAUACCAACCAGGGUACCUGCGUCCCAUUCUUCUACGGCGGAUGCCGUGGCAACCGGAACAACUUUCUCACUGCCGACGAUUGUGUGCAGACGUGCAAGGUGACUCUUUCCGCACGCCACGACGACGUGGAUGGAGAGGAUCCCACGGAGGGACCCAGGACAAACCCCUACGACACGCUGCCAGUCGAUUGUGUGCUCUCCGAUUGGUCCGACUGGAGCGCUUGCUCGGUAACCUGCGGUACGGGGCGUUCGGAGCGUGUGCGGACGAUCGUCACUCAGCCACGCAACGGUGGCCAACCAUGUCCGCCACGUGUUAUCAAGCGACGAAAGUGCACUGGUCCACCCUGUGUGUAACUUGCCCUUAGCCAUUUCACUUUCGCAGCGAAAUAAAUCGUUUUAUUAUCCCCA